GACAAAGUCCAUUUAGAUGCGAGUGGGAACGGAGUGAGAGGGGCCAUUUUGACUUUCUAGUUAAAGGAAAUAACUGGUCUGACGGGGUCUGGGAGCCGAAGUACCCAGGGUCUAAGGAUAACUCUGGGACCAUGACAGCCAUGACUCUCACAGAUGAUCCCAGAUUUCUGCAUUCUGGGCAAUGUCAGGUGCCACUGAACUUGAUCUGACACGCUUUCCCUAGAGGAUGGCCAAGGGGCUCUUGGUGACCUAUGCCCUCUGGGCUGUAGGGGGCCCUGCUGGGCUCCACCACCUGUACCUGGGGCGGGACAGUCAUGCACUGCUCUGGAUGCUUACCCUGGGGGGUGGUGGGCUGGGCUGGCUCUGGGAAUUCUGGAAGCUCCCAAGCUUUGUAGCUCAGGCCAACAGAACCCAGGGGCAGAGGCAGAGAUCGGAAGGGAGGACACCCCCUCUGAGUCUUACUCGCUUUGUCGCCCAGAUGAUAGUGGGCAUCUAUUUUGGCCUGGUGGCUCUCAUUGGCCUUUCUUUCAUGGCCAACUUCUAUAUUGUGGGCCUUCCACUGGCAGUUGGCUUAGGGGUCUUGCUGGUGGCUGCUGUUGGCAACCAGACCACAGACUUUAAGAAUACUCUAGGGGCAGCAUUUCUUACUUCCCCUCUCUUCUAUGGCCGCCCCAUAGCCAUUCUGCCCAUUAGCUUGUCUGCCAGCAUUACAGCCCAGAAGCAUCGCCGCUAUAAAGCUUCCAUUGGGUCAGAGACGCUCAGCAUUCGGCUCUAUCGUCUGGGCCUGGCUUACCUGGCUUUCACAGGUCCACUAGCCUACAGCGCCUUUUGCAACACAGCUGCCACCCUCAGCUACGUAGCAGAAACCCUUGGCUCCUUCUUGAGUUGGUUCAGAUUCUUUCCCCUCAUUGGCCCCCUCAUGGAGUGUGUCCUCCUUCUGCCUUACCGGGGCUGGAGGCUGCUGAUGGGGGAUCCUCGCUUCAGCAGCAGCAACUUCCAGGAGUGGGAGAAGCUCUAUAAGUUUGUUAGCAGUUUUCAGGAUGAGAAGCGCCAGCUGGCUUACCAGGUUUUGAGUCUCUCAGAGGGAGCAACAAAUGAAGAAAUACAUCAAAGAUAUCGGGAGCUAGUAAAGAUCUGGCACCCUGACCACAACAGGCACCGGACCGAGGAGGCUGAGAGGCAUUUCCUGGACAUUCAGGCUGCAUAUGAAGUCUUGAGUCAGCCCAGAAAGCCCAGGGGAUCCUGGAGGUGAGAAGAAAUUUCCCCUUGGGGAUGGACUCUUUCUGGCAGAACGAAGCAGCUUGUCCCAGCCCAGAUUUGCCUACUCGGGUCAUCCCAAUAGCGUUAAAGAAACUGUCCUCUUGCAGUGGGGGUGACAACAACUUAAAGGUGUAAGAAAGCUUUUGUGGUAGAAGAAUGUAUUUAUGUUGCAAAUUUCUGAAUUCUCAUUAUUGUAUUCCUGAAAAUUUCUUCUUAAAAUCAGAUAGUGAAAUGAAAGGCAUAUUAUAAAAACCGGUAAAAUAUCUUUUAGAGAA